AUGAAAGUUUUGCAAGAUGAAUUGAUGAAAAAAAUUGACAUAUGGGAACAUGAGUCGAUUGCGAGAAUCAAAAGAGUAGCAGAGGAAACUAGGAACGAAUUAGUUCAGCACACAACUGGUCAUUUGGCUCAUAAAAAGCUCAAAUUGGAUAAAUUGACAAAUGAGUUGCAUCAAGGUCGCCAAAAUAUUGAUUUUGUUGAGACUGAUCUUCGUGAAUGGAUGGAUAAACUCAAUCAAUUAAAGGAAGAAAUUAUCAAUCCAGCCAAGGUUGCUGUUCGAGAAGCUUGUGUACCGCUGAUCACCAAGAUUCAUGUUGAUGUUUUCGACACAUAUGAGCUAUUUGAGCGUACGUCAGGUAAAGCGAUAUUUGAAGAUAGUGGCAAAGUUGUUGUCGUGCAAGAUGGUCCCGAAAAUUACACAGAAGUACGUGGAAAAGGUGAGUAUACGACCGGGCAUCGUACAUUAUGUUUCAAGAUCGAAAAAUUGAACGGCUGGAGCUUAUUUGGCAUUAUCUCGAAAUCGACACCUUUGCAAGAACAUUCCUAUAGUUCAUCGUCAUGUUAUGGUUGGUAUAAUGGUGAUCAUUUCGUCUAUCGCAAUGGACAAAACGUCGGUGGACAAGGUCACGAUGCUGUUGAAAAUGAUACAAUCAAUCUUGUGAUCGAUUGUGAUCAACGACUAAUUCGAUUGACAAACGAACGAACGAAUCGUACACUCGAGCUACUCGUAGACCUUGACAAAUGUCAAUUUCCAUGGCAACUGCAUCUCAAUCUAAAUUUAGCACCCACUCGUAUCCGUAUCCUUUCCUAA